CCCUAAAUUGCCGAAACCCUCAUUUUCGUUUUGGUAGCUCCUCUCUCUGCUCUUCAUCUUCUCCAAAUCCAUCAAUCUCCGCCAAUAACCGCCACCAUGUCUGACGAGGAGCACCAUUUCGAGUCCAAGGCCGACGCCGGAGCCUCCAAAACCUACCCUCAACAAGCCGGUACCAUCCGCAAAAACGGCUACAUCAACAUCAAGAACCGCCCCUGCAAGGUUGUUGAAGUUUCCACUUCCAAGACUGGGAAGCACGGUCAUGCUAAGUGCCACUUUGUUGGAAUUGAUAUCUUCACUGGCAAGAAGCUUGAGGAUAUUGUUCCUUCUUCUCAUAAUUGUGAUGUUCCUCAUGUGACUCGUACUGAUUACCAGCUCAUUGAUAUUUCUGAGGAUGGAUUUGUGAGUCUUCUUACUGAAAGUGGUGGUACCAAGGAUGAUCUCAAGCUUCCUACUGAUGAUGCUCUCCUCACUCAGAUUAAGGAGGGAUUUGCUGAGGGAAAAGAUCUUGUUGUUUCUGUCAUGUCUGCUAUGGGUGAGGAACAGAUUAAUGCCCUCAAGGAUAUUGGACCGAAGAACUAGCUUCAAUUACUGGUCAUUUGUUGUUUCUAUUUAAGUUAAAGAUGUUUUUGUAAGCUUUUAAUUAUCUUGUUUACUAGUCUUGCCGAUGGUGUUUGUGGAUGUGUUGGAGAAACUAUAUCACAGUUUUCUAUUUGUAGUCGUCACCCUGUGACUUUCAUAUUUGGUGGAGUCCCUAUUCUAGGAUGUUGACAUUUUUGGGGGUAUAAUAUGAUACGUUAUCUUUAA